AUACAUAUUUGUAGCAUGUUCUUAUUGACUGUGGUAACAAUAAAUUUGAAAGUCAAUCUGUCAAAAAGAGAUUUCUCUUUUUAAUACUUUUUAUAGUCACAUGGGCAAGUCUUCUAAAGACAAGAGAGACGUUUACUAUCGUCUCGCAAAAGAAGAAGGUUGGAGAGCAAGAAGCGCUUUCAAGUUAUUACAACUUGAUGAAGAAUUCAACUUUUUGCAAGGAGUUAAGAGAGCUGUUGAUCUAUGCGCAGCGCCUGGUAGUUGGUCACAGGUUUUGUCAAAGCGAUUAAAUGAAAAUCACGAAAAGACACCAAAUGAACCAGAACCAAAGAUUGUAGCUGUCGAUCUGCAAGCAAUGGCGCCCUUAGAAGGGGUCAUUCAGCUACAGGGAGAUAUCACUAAAAAGACAACAGCAGAAAAGAUUAUUUCAUACUUCGAUGGUGAAAUGGCAGAUAUUGUUAUUUGCGACGGUGCACCUGAUGUUACUGGUCUUCAUGAUAUGGAUGAAUACAUACAGGCACAGCUAUUGCUAGCAGCAUUGAAUAUUACAACACAUGUUCUUCGUCCUGGAGGAACAUUUGUUGCUAAAAUAUUCCGUGGAAAGGAUAUCACAUUGCUCUACAGUCAGCUCAAGAUAUUUUUCCCAACAGUUACUUGUAGUAAACCUAGAAGUUCUCGUAAUUCAAGUAUCGAAGCUUUCAUUGUUUGUCAAAAUUAUCAGCCUCCUAAAGAUUAUGUGCCAACAAUGGCUAAUCCCCUAUUAGAUAUGCAAUAUGACGAUAUGAAUAACUUGGUCGGUCCAAAUAGAACCAUUGUUCCUUUUAUCGCCUGUGGUGAUUUAAAUGGUUAUGAUGCUGAUAGAACAUAUCCCUUGGCUGCUUCAUAUAAAUCGCUUGAUCCAUUACAGCCUCCUAUUACUGCACCUUAUAAAACAGCAAUGCAAUUGAAAAGAAGCAACUUUUACAACAAAUAAAAUAUCUU